AUGAGUAAAGAAGAGAUUUUGAAGAUUCAGAAAUGUGUUCUCAAAGUGAACAUUCACUGUGACGGUUGCAAGCAAAAAGUUAAGAAAAUCUUGCAGAAGAUUGAUGGAGUUUUUACUACUGAGAUAGAUGCCGAGCAAGGGAAGGUGACCGUUUCUGGGAAUGUGGACCCAAAAGUUCUCAUCAAGAAGCUUACAAAAUCAGGGAAACAUGCAGAGCUUUGGGGUGCUCCAAAGGCAAACAACAACAAUAAUCAGAACAAUAACGUUGCAAACCAGAUGAAGAACAUGCAAAUUGACAAUGGAAAAGGUGGAGGAAACAAUAAUAGCGGUAACAAGGGUCCAAAGGGUGCUGGAAAUAACCAAAAUCCACCAAAGGGUGGUGGUGGUGGUGGUGGAGGAGGUGGUGGUGGUGGUGGUGGUGGUGGUGGUGCUGGACAGAAUCCUCAACAACAGCAACUUCAGCAGCAACAACAACAACAGCAACAUCUUCAGCAGCAGCUGCAGCAUCUGCAACAGCUUCAGCAGAUGAAGGGGUUUCAAGAUCUGAAAAUGCCUCAAUUCAAGGACAUGAAUAUGAAGAUGCCGCAAGGUAAUCAGAACCCAAAUAUGAAAGCUGUGAAGUUUAAUUUGCCUGAAGAGGAUGAUUUGACCGAUGAUGAGUUGGAUGAGUUUGAUGAUGAUGAGUAUACUGAUGAGGAGUUUGAAGAUGAAAUGGAACAUCAUCCUUUGAAUAAGAUGAAGCUUCCAAUGGGUGGUAAUGGUAAUGGUCCACCUCAUAUGAUGAUGAUGGGUGGUGGAAAUCAUCCACAGUUUAUGAAUGCUCCAAAGGGUGGUGGCGGAGGUGCCGGUGGUGGAAAUCAUCCACAGGUUAUGAAUGCUCCGAAGGGUGGUGGUGGUGGUGGUGGUGGUGGAAAUGGUGGAGGUAAUGGGAAGAAAGGUGGUGGCGGUGGUGGUGGACCUGUGCCUGUUCAAGUUCAUGGCGUGGGUGGUGGAAAUGGUGGAAAGAAAGGUGGCGGCGGUGGUGGAGGUAAUAAUCCAAAUCAAGGUGGAGGUAACAAAAACAAUGGCGGUAAAAAUGGAGGUGGAAUGCCAGAGGGUAAAAAUGGAAACAAGAAUGUUGGUGGUGGAGGAGGUGGUGGUAAUGGUGGAAUUUCAAAUAAUAACGGGGGCAAAAAAGUAAAUGUAAUGGGAGGAGAAGGUGGUUUUCAAGGUAUGAUGAACAAUGGAUUUCCAAACAUGGGUGGUGUUGGUCAUCAUCCCAAUGUGGGCCCCAUGGGCAACAACAACAUGAGUGGUAUGCCAAUGGGAAACAACAUGCCAAUGAUGAACCAAAUGGGAGGAGGUAGUAACAUUCCAGCUGUUCAAGGCCUACCUGCCACCGCUCCCGGCGGCGGCGGAGGAUAUUUCCCAGGCGGCGCUGCUGGUGGCGGUGCUGGUCAGGAAAUGAUGAUGGGUGCAAAUCCUUACCAACAACAACAAUACAUGGCUGCAAUGAUGAAUCAACAAAGAGCUAUACCAGCUGGUGGAGGAGGAAAUGAUAGAUUUCAACCAAUGAUGUAUGCAAGACCACCAAUGGCGGUGAAUUACAUGUAUCCACCACCGUAUAGCUACCCUCCACCACCGCAACAUCCUCAAGAUCCGUAUUCCAACUUCUUCAACGACGAAAAUACAUCAAGCUGCAGUAUUAUGUGA